CGGUUGUUGUGUCCGGUGUUGUCGUUCUCAUCCGGUUGCGAGUUUGGUCACGAGAGCGAAAUUUUGUUUUGUUGCGGAAAGUUUUGCGUGUAUGUGAGGUGUUAGCUUACCUUCCCGAGGCUGUCAGCAGUGUUUUGGCUGUUACGGAUGGUUAACUCGCCGCUUCUGCCAUUCAUUUAGUCUCCUCUGGUUAUUUGUGUUACUGUUUAACAGUUUAAAUGUGUUAUGGGCGCGUAUGAGCUGCAUUGUCUCUGUGGUUGUUGUUGUUUCGUUUUUCUUUAUGUUAAAGUUUAACUUCUUUCCAGGGAUGGCCGCAGCGUCACAGCAGUACUCGCUUCAAAUGAGGUCGACGGAUCUCAUCAUGAAGGAGCCGCUGGACUACGGAGGAUUUGGAGAAGUUUAUCUUUGCUACCAUGUAACUCUGGGCCAGGUGGUUUUGAAGACAAUGUACACAGGCCCCCUUCGAAACGAAGAGAAUAAGCGGUCGCUUCUCGAGGAGGGCAACAUCAUGGCCAGCCUGAACCAUGAACGAGUGGUCAAGUUGCUUGGCGUCAUCAUGGAGGACAGAGACUGCUCUUUAGUCAUGGAGCUCAUCCCCAGAGGCAACCUGUUGGUCAUGCUGGAGACGGUCAACGUGCCUGUAUCCAUCAAGGGGAGGAUCAUCUUAGAGAUUUUGGAAGGCAUGGUGUACCUCACAGAACGGCAUGUCAUACACAAGGACAUCAAGCCUGAAAACAUUUUAGUGGAUAAAGAUUUUCACAUCAAGAUUGCAGACCUCGGCCUGGCCACCUGCCAGACGUGGAGCAAACUGACGAAGCAGGAGUCUCGAAGGAAGAGCCGUAAGGGCGAAACAGCCGGGGCCAGAGGGGCCGGCACACUAAGCUACAUGGCUCCAGAGCACCUGGAGAGCAUACACGCGGUCUCCACCGAGAAGUCCGACGUGUACAGUUUUGCGAUCGUGCUGUGGGUCGUUCUCACGGGGAAGGAGCCAUAUGAAAAUGCAAGGAGUGAAGAGCAGCUCAGCCAGUGUGUUCGUAAGGGCGACCGGCCGGCAGAGGACCUCAUUCCAGGCGACACACCUGCAGAGAUAGUCCACCUUAUGAAGAGAUGCUGGGAUCGUGAUCCAGAGAAACGGCCAACGUUUAAAGAGAGUUACAACCACUUCCUCCCUUUCUACACAGAGAAGCUGGAACCACAAGUUGCGGAAGAUGUACUUAAACUGAGGAAAUCAUACGAAGGCCCGCACGAACUCGUUGAGAUGAUGAAAUCCUUGACGGUGACGCCUGAUUCUUCUUUCGAAAGUCCGCACGACUCCCCGGCUCCUUUGGUGAGUUCGGAAAGAAGUAUACCCGAGCCGGUUGAAGCCAGCAUCGAGGACCUGAACGGCAUUCAUUUCGAAGCGCCUGCGGGGCUCAUUCAGACGGACGCGAGGGCAAAUCCAGCUUCGGUGUUGGAGGAGAAACUGGAUCGGGAGCUGCACUACCACAAACACGGCAGCUACAAUUGCGAGCACCAGUACGACGCCGCCAACAGCUACCAUUGCUCAAACCCUUUCCUGCAAAGCCCUUUCACAGACUACAGUGUGAGGCACCCAGAACAAGAGAGAUCCUCAGUCCAUUCCUGGGGGAAAGCUGACGCAUACGUGCAGCCCUCCAGCCAGGAGGAGACUAGGUACCGCCCCGCUUCGGAUUUCAAUGAUUCUGUGAAUCCCGCCUUACCUAUGCCGUCCUAUUUGGGGAUGUCUGCCAGCUCGCCUUCCCUGUCCCAGUUCAACCAGCUCCAUCCACAUUCCCACCUUGACCGGCAGCAGUCUUGGCCGGCGUACCCGGUCUCCGAUACAUCCGCCCCUGACAUGGCUCAAGGGCGUCUUUUGACCAAUUCAAAAAGCGGCCCGCUACAGGAUCCAGCGUCCCUUUACAUCCAGAAUGCCAGCGGGAUCCAAAUCGGAAGCAACAACACCAUGAGUAUCAGAGGUUACGACUCCUGCCUGUCGACUCUGUCUGCUAACGGCCCAGCUAGCUCCCCCAUCCAAGAAGGCAUUCUGAAAUAUGAGGACCACGCUGUGACUGAAGUGCACCUGGAUCUGCUGAGGGACAACAUCGGGGCCAACUGGAAGCGCUGCGCUCGGGGCCUCGGCCUGACCAAUGUGGAGAUAGAGGUCAUAGUGCAUGACUACCAACGCGACGGUCUGCCGGAGAUGGUGCACCAGAUGCUGGAGCGCUGGAAAAUGAAGGAGGGCUGCAUCGGCUGUACGAUCGGGAAGCUUUGCCGAGCUCUGGUUGGAAACAUAAAGGUCGAGGUUAUCCAGAAAAUACUUGACCAGUGCGGCUCUUCUGUCUAGAUGCCGCAAACCUCUGUAACUCAACAUACGUGCCUCACUCUCUAUAGCAUUCUCAGCCACGUUUUCUGAAGUGUUCUUCUGAACGCCAGCACAAAGGAUGAGUUUUAGUUUUAUGUGCUAAGGCUUUAUGAUAUCGUCUUGGUUACACAAUGAUACAGUAGACGCGACUAGAAAAUUGUCCUAUAGAAAAGUCAACUUCUCAAGGCUCGUAUGCAUUUUUGUCCGAAAUAAUAUCUUGCUUGGCCAGAUAUUUCUAAACGGUUUUUACUUCUGACAUAGUUCAGAUGUAUCACAGUUAUGAAAGAGGCCACUGUCAAGUGUCUGCAUCAGUCUCAAGGAGACUGUGAUAGCCAUACAUCUGGAGAAUCACUUUAUCACUUUUUCUGUCAGUGUUGCCUUCAUGAGCAGGAGUCAUUAACAUGCUCAAUAACAUUCAGAUUUUUCUAAUUAUGGUGCAUUUCUGUAAUUCUUUCACAGAAAUAUCUUAAUCUUCAUGUCAGAAGCUGAGAUAGGGUAUUAUUUUUGUAACUCUUUCACAGAAAUAAAACCCUCUCUCAGCUUCUGACAUGAAGAUUAAGAAAUAUUGAGGAAAAUGUUUGAAUCAUAGUAUUUGUGACAUUUGUUUUCUCUGAUGGUCCUUUUGUUUGGGGGUGAGGGUAGCUUUAACAGUCUAAGGAACCCACGUUAAAUGAUUGUAAGAUGGUUUGUUGUAUGUAAUGACGCCAGUCCACAAACAGUUAGAAAAACCCUGUGGUGGAGUAUUAAAGUCAAGAGUGUGCAGUCACAAAGAAGUCAAACUCCUUGAACUGCUGCCGGUUAUGUUUUGCCAUAAAUGUGAUUUUACCAAAUUACAGGAAAUGGAAGUAUGAAAUAAUGAAUUGAUUCGUUUGACUGUUGUCCCUGUGUGGACUCGCUGUAAUGAGCCGCUGUGAUGUACCAAAGCUUUUAGGGUUACAAAAUACUUUUUUCACAUAUGUUGUCUUAUUGUAAUCAUUAGAGAAAGCUGUUUUACUUGACAAUGCGACACACCACGUAUGCCCGUGCCUUAUGAAACUUCCAUCUCGAAUGGCAUUUUGGCUUUCAGAAUAAAAUGUACAUUCAUUUU